GCAGACAGCAGUGGAGCUUGCAGCUGCCAGUCAGGGUGAGUGAGGAGCUUGGUGUGGGGCAGCCUAAGGGGCCCCUGGAAUUGCUUGCCUUUCUUAUCUGCUCUCUGUGGCCCCUGUGGAGUUGGGAUGUAACCAGGUCUGGCUGUGCCAUGUAUUGGAAAGGCGAUCAGAUGUUUCUAUGUAAACUGGAAGACAAGGAUAUCCCUGCGGUGCAUUCUGACAAGUUUUCAUCCCCUAUGUCUGAGGAGUGUGGGGGAGCAGCGCUGACCAUGGGGAGGAGCCGCAAGAGCGAGGGCAGCCUGCUCCAAGGAAGUCCGGGUGCUGCUCUGGAUGAAGAUUCAUGUUCAUCACCUCUUCUGUCCCCAGGGUCCUCCUCCUCUCCGCACUCCAUGCCAUCUUCUGGUCUUACUCAAGGAAAAAGUAUCUGCAGCAGCUGUGGCAUGGAGAUUGUAGAUAAAUACCUGCUCAAGGUAAAUGACUUGUGUUGGCACGUGCGCUGUCUGUCCUGUAGUGUAUGCCGGACUUCACUGGGAAGACACACAAGCUGUUAUAUCAAAGACAAAGAUAUUUUUUGCAAGCUCGAUUAUUUCAGGCGAUAUGGAACGCGAUGCUCGCGUUGCGGCAGGCACAUCCACUCCACAGACUGGGUGAGGCGGGCGAAGGGUAAUGUCUACCACUUGGCGUGCUUUGCCUGCUAUUCGUGCAAGAGGCAGCUGUCCACAGGGGAGGAGUUUGCUCUGGUGGAGGAGAAGGUUUUGUGCAGGGUGCACUACGACUGCAUGCUGGAUAACCUGAAACGAGCCGUGGAGAGCGGGAACCGUGUCAGUGUGGAAGGGGCUUUGUUGACAGAGCAAGAUAUUAAUCAGCCAAAACCGGCUAAAAGGGCUCGUACUAGCUUCACCGCGGACCAGCUCCAAGUUAUGCAAGCACAGUUUGCCCAGGACAACAAUCCGGAUGCACAGACACUACAGAAACUGUCUGAAAGGACGGGCCUAAGCAGACGCGUAAUACAGGUCUGGUUUCAGAACUGUAGAGCACGCCACAAGAAACACGUUAGUCCUACUCAUUCCUCAACCGCGCCAGUUACAGCCAUGCAAUCCUCAAGGCUUUCCCCUCCAAUGAUGGAGGAAAUGGCCUACUCCGCAUAUGUACCUCAAGAUGGGCCCAUGCUGACCGCCCUGCACAGUUACAUGGAUGCUCACUCACCGUCAGCUCUUGGACUCCAGUCGAUGCUGCCUCACUCCAUGGCGCAACUACCUAUAAGUCACGCAUAAACUUUUCCUCCUCCAAGAAUGUAAAUGCUUUGGGUAAAACGGAGUCAUUUCUUGUGUAUAAAAUAUAAUUAAGAUCAUUUAGUUAUUUUUAUAUAGACUUUCCAUACUGAAGUACACAUUACGCUUGUACCGCUCAGUAAAAAAAAGGGUCACCAUACACACAAAAUGCACAUCCGGUUUUGAUGACCACGUCGCUGCCCCUCCCAUUAUGUAAGUAUUAUUGGGUUCAGCUUACAGCGCCACUAAGUUCUCACGUGUCUUAUUUUUUUCCUUUUUGUACUGUCUGGAAUUAGUCCAAACUUAGUUGUUUGUUAAUUUAUUCGUCAUCAGAAGAGCACUUUGCCAAAAAAGAAGAAAAACGGACUGACAAGUGUGCAAAAAAAAUGUUUACAAUUUUUUUUUGUGAAAUUGUAUUUUUCAUUAGUUUGUACCUGUAAAUUAUUGCCAAGAAAGUGCAGAUGUAUUUUGU